AUUGCGCAGAUUCCUCCUUCUUAGACACCUGCGCGAGAAUUAUUCGCGUGGUUUUUUUCCCCGUGUCACACACACAUAUGCAUGGGCACUUUUUGACGUUUCUAUGUUUGUAACCAUUCUAAACUGACUGUGCACUCUGUAAACAAAAACAACCUGCUGUGUUGGAAAUCUCUUCAAGCAAUUUUGUGUAAAAACAAACUGUGAUUCAUAAUUUCCCGUUUCCGUGAAUAACUACCUAUGUUUUCAGAAUGACGAGCUCCAAAAAACUGCGGUUAGACUUGGAGGAAAGCGGUGAACCAGCUGUACACAGUCCUGAAAGUGGUGCUCUUUUCUUAAAUGAAGAAUAUUUGGAGCAGCUCGAAGGAACAUCCAGUGAUCCUCUGAGUGCUCAUAUAGAUUACGAUCCAAAUUUAUCUGAAUCCCAAUUUUCGGAUGCUGAACAGGAAAAGAACUUGAACGAAGGUUUUUCGCGAGAUAAGCUGCCUGCUGGUCUUUAUGGGUGCUGGUUGCUGGUAGCCGUUCGGAAUUUUAAGGGACACAGCUCCGGAAAAGAAGUAGGCAGAUGGGGCGUCGCUGGAAAUUCCGUGGAUGAAUUUAUGAACAGUUGCUGGAAGCUAUCACAUACAUUUUUGAAGCGGGAGGUGGUAUUCACUUGCGACGAAAGUGGUGUAGCAAAACCAUCAUGGAGUGAGAAAGUUUCUCCAGAGGAAGACGACUUUGUGAGAUUUGCACUUUUCAACGAUAAGGUAAGCCACAGGACUCUUCGUCCGGAUCAAGUAACUGAGACAAUUCUCCAAAACUGGAGAACUAAGGAAAUACACCUUCUACUUCAUGUGUACUCAACUGCUGUGAACAACAAAGCUGUUUUUCAGUCUGUGCGAGAUACGUUGAUGGGACCCGGCACAUUAGACAAAUCCGGAGCUGCUUCUAACGCAACAAUAGAUGAACUAAGCGCAAAACUUCGAGGUGAGCAUGGCCUACAUUGGGAAGCACAUAAUGUUGCAUGGAUGAUGUGGGCAAAUGUGAUUGCAGUAUCAGAGCCCCAUGUUCAAGAAGGAAUGAUAUACGAUGCUCCUCCUGCCCAUUUGGCUAAAUUAUUCCGGGCCAAAGAGCAACCACGAGUGCAAUCUAUUUCCCGAAAUUUCUCCAUGGCCCACAGUGUUAAUGACGGUUACCAAGACGAUAUCUCGGCUAUCAAACGCAGUUUUAAUCAGCUGGAGGAGAUGCUUCGUGGCGUUAAUAAGGGAAUGCAACUUUUGAAGAAACAUAUUGAGUCACUGGAAUCAAGAGCAGUUUUGGGGGAUUCAUUUUUGUCAGCAGCGGAGCAAGCAGUGCUUGUUGAGGAAACGGGUUUUAGUUCUUCAUUGGCUCGGAAUGUUACUGAUGCAGAAGAUGUUGAUCACAUGUGAUUAAUUACGCUACAUUGAACGCAUUAUAAAUCGGACACGAAAUGAUUUUAAGUUGUUUGGUAAAACUUACCAUUUAUCGAUUUUAUUUCUGAUGAACUGUUAAAA